AUGGCAAGUUUCCAAACUCAAGGACGAGAAUGGUUGAGCAAGGGCGAGAAGAAGCUGAAGUCGCUGGGAUGGUUUGGCAACAAGUACGAGGAGGCAGCCGAGUGCUUUGAGAAGGCAGCCAAUCAGUUCAAGCUCGCCAAGUCAUGGGCCGAAGCUGGCGACACUCUCUCCAAGUUGGCCGAGAUACACAUCAAGCUGGAGAGUCCACAUGAUGCUGCCAGUGCCUGGGUGGACGCCAGCAAAUCCUACCUCAAGAUCGACCACAAGAGGGGAGUGCAGGCCCUCCAAAACGCCGUCAGCAUCUACACAGACAUGGGCCGCCUGGGGAUGGCAGCGCGCCAGCUCAGGGAGAUCGGCGAGGUGCUGGAGCGUGAGGGCGAGAAAGAGCAGGCGAUGACCUUCCUGGAGCAGGCGGCAGACCUGUUUGCCACCGAGAACUCCAAUGCGGAGGCCAACAAGUGCAAUUUGAAGAUCGCGCAAACCUCCGCCGAGCUGGAGCAAUACCCCCGUGCCAUCGCCCUGUAUGAGGGCAUUGCGCGGACCUCUGUGGAGAACAACCUGCUCAAGUACAGCGCCAAGGGCUACCUCCUGUGCGCCGGCAUCUGCCAGCUGGCCUCAAACAGCCUGCCGGGGGUGCGGGAUGCCAUCCAGCGCUACAACGACAUUGACAUCACAUUCGAAAACAGCCGGGAGGAGGGCCUGCUCACCGCGCUGGCCGAUGCGCUGGAGGCUCGGGACGCCGACGCCUUCACCGCCGCGGUCCAGGAGUUUGACUCCAUGACGCGCCUGGACGCUUGGAAGACCGCGAUCCUGGUCCGAGUGAAGCGCAUGAUCACCGCGCCGUAUGCAGAUAUGCAGGAGGACGACCUCACGUGA